AUCUAGUGUGUUUUGUGUGUAAAUGACUGCAUGCUUGCACGAUCCCGACGAUCGUUCACUACUUUACUGUGUGGCUCUUUGGAUGUUGGGCUAUAGUUCGUUGCUAAGUUUUGAUCAUUCUUCAUUUCAUCAGAUCAACGCACACUCGGUGGCCGAUCUAUUUUGUUACUUGGUUGAUAAGUGUGAAACUUGAGAACUUGCAGCAUCAUGGCGAUGGCAGGGUCAACUUUGCUAUCUAAAUCUCGUACACCAACAAUGCCAAUGUCUCCCUACAAAGGCACAGUUGGAACAAGAACUGAUGCAGAAUUAGCACAGAGCUUGGCCGCUAUGAGCAAUCUUUCAGAGAGUGGGGUUCGUGGUUCUGCUAUGGGUGCUCCAGUGUCACUGGGCUUCAGGUCAGGCAAGCAUACACCUAAAGAAUGGCACGAGGCAAACUAUUCCAAGUAUUACCAGAGCUUUUCAGACAGAGACAAUGCGGAGAGACUUUGUCAUGAAUCCAAACAGCUCGCCAAUGAAACCCAAGCUCUGACUCAGCGUGUACAGACCGAUGUGACCAAGAAACUGGCAGAGAGGAUGCAUGAUAUCAACUUCUGGAAGUUUGAGUUGAAUCGUGAAAUUGAAGAGAUGAUUGAGGAGACAGAUUUACUAUGUGCCCAGAAGAAGCGACUGGCUAAUGCUCUGGAUGCAACUGAGCUACCUAUGAUGAUAGCCAGAGACAACUUAGACUGCAGAGGUAGACGCAGAGAAAUAGACCUGGUUGGAGACAGGGUUGAGUUGGCUCUCAAUAAGGAGGUAGAAAUUGUCAGUAAAGUACAGGACCUCUUGAAGAGAACCCUGGAGCAGUCUGACAGACAGAUCAAAAUGAAUCGUGGAGCCAAGCACAAGCUCACCAUGGAUUGGUCAGACAAACUACGAGAUUAUAAUAUUGAUGAGAAGUGUGCCAACCUCAAUAAUAACUCCACUGAGAUCCAGUACAAAGAAGGCUCAGCUAAAUUUGACGCAUCACAAUCUACUCCUGAAUCCUGGGCCCAGUUCUCCCAUGACAACAUUGUACGUGCAGAACAUGAGCGUCUUGGGUCUCAAGCCUUGAGAAACCUGAUUGAUCAGAUUCUGACUGAUACAUCUAAUGAUAUGAGAGAACAGUGUAAUACUGUGAAUGCUGAGUUUACUAAUCGCAUCCAGGAGAUGAAUGAUGCUAAGACUGCUCAUGAGAAUCAUCUUCAAAAGACGGUGGAGAAGAUUGCAGAAAUGGAGAAGAACGUUGAGUUCUUAGAGCAGGAGAUUAAGAACAAAGAGGCACCAAUGAAGGUUGCUCAAACCCGCCUGGAUCACCGCACACAUCGUCCAAAUGUAGAGCUCUGCAGAGAUCCUGCACAAUUCAGCCUUGUCCAUGAAGUUGGUGAUAUCCAGAACUCUAUUGACAGUCUUGAGCAGAAGCUUGCAGACUCCAAGGCAUCCCUGAAAGACCUGAUGGGAACUCGCAUGACCCUAGAGCAACAGAUUGCCCUCAAGAAAAACAGCAUCUUCAUCGACCGAGACAAGUGUCUUAAAUUCCGCACCCGAUACCCAUCUACUUCCCGGUUGGUAGGAUACCAGUAGAGAUGCUUGGGACAGGGUUAGAAUAUAUCUAUCUAAGAUGUUGAUUGAAAGAGAGGGGGAUUAAACAUAUUGUGGAUUAUUAAUCUAAUUAUAAUGCUUAAUAAGAAGCUAAUCCGUGUUUUGAGAAACUUUAUUAAAGAAAGAGUUUGAAGAAGGAGUGUACACACAAGGCAUUUGUACAGUUACUAACAGAUGCAGAUGUAU